AUGUCUACAGACGCUAAAAGCCACAGCGACAGGGCAGCUCCCUCAAAGAGGAAGACUCGGGAUGGGUCAGAGGAUGUCCCCCCGGCCCGCAAAAAGGUCCACCGCAAAGGAGACAAAGCAGAUGACCAAAUUCAAUUCGUGGACUUCACCAGCAAAGGCGAUGGAUCGAAGCCCAAAGUGACUCGGAAAUUCAAGGACAAAUUUGCUCCCAAGCCUGAAAAGGAAUACCCAUCGAUCAACGAUCUCAAAAAGCGAAUUCGCGAUGUGAAGCGACUACUCAACAAAAUGGACCUGUCUGCGGAUGCUCGCAUCUUGCAGGAACGCGCUCUUGCUGGAUAUGAGCAAGAUCUUGCAGAUGAAACUACACGCAGAGAACGGUCAUCAUUGAUCAAGAAAUAUCACUUUGUCCGAUUCCUUGACCGCAAAACUGCUACCAAGGAACUUGCUCGACUUACCCGCCGCGAGAAGGAAGAAGAUCUGGAUUCGAAACAAAAGGCUCGUCUUGCGGCAAAAAUCCACACCUGCCAGGUCAACAUCAACUAUGCGAUCUACUAUCCUCUCACCGAGAAAUACAUUUCAAUCUACCCCAAUGGAAAAGCCGAUGUAGCGAAGCCGGAGUCAGAGCUGCAAACGGAUGAAAGCAAAUCCAACGACUCCAAGCCCCCGUUGUGGUCUGUCGUUGAGAAGUGCAUGGAAGAAAAUACACUGAGCCUUCUUCGUGAAGGAAAGUUGCACAUCAAUGCCAACGGAGAGAAGAUCCAAACUUCUUCGUCUGGUAAAAAGGCAACUGCAGAUACCCACAAGGAGAAGAGCAAGAAGAAAGAGCAACAGAAAGAGACCAAGGUUGCUACCCAGAAGGACAAGCAUGUUUCCAAAGAUGAUAAGAAUAGAAGCAAGAAGGAGAAGCCUGCACACAAGGAGCGGGCGUCUAAGAAGCACGAGGAACCAGAAGCCAAUGCGGAGGACCAGGGUGAUAGCGAUGGUGGCUUCUUUGAAUAG